GGGCUGAGCCCCGGCCCUCAGUCAGGACUGUCCUGUGCCAGGGAGGGACGGUCCGGUUGCCCCCGGCCAUGGCAGUGCCAGACCUCCUUGCCCACCGAGCCCUGCUCUGCUGCUGCUGCUGGCUCCUGCUUCUGUGGGUCCGGCUCUCCGCGCCAGAGACCUGUGAGCGCCUGGAGACCUGCGUGCGGUGCAUCCAGGGAGAAUCCGCCCGCAACCUCACGGCCUGCGUUUGGGAAAGCUGCGGGAAUCCCGGGACAGGGCUGAGCCGCUGUGUCGUCCGGGGCGAAGCCGCCGUCGAGGAGGGUUGUUCCGUCUACAACGCCACUUCCAUGUGCCGAGCCCUGCACUUCCCCACCCAGGAACCCAGGAUCCUCCCAACAGGUAAUAAGCGUAACAGUUGUGAUAUUUGUUACGCUCCAACUGCCGAAGCCCAGGCCCGGGCGAGGGCCCGCUGGGAGUGA